AUAAGGUGCGAACUGGAAGACAUUUUAGAGUCAACAAGGACAGAAAAGGUUUCGUGUUUUUUUUAACUGCCCCUUGUUUACUCAUGAUGAAGGAAAAUAUUUUUUUGAUAAAUGAUUGUGACCAAAUUCUGGUCAUCAGUGUUUUGGAAGUUAUCUUGGAAAGAAUUUGGAACAUUCUGGAAGAACAAAUUCACAGGGAGAAAGAUGCAUCUAGAUGCACUGAAUAUAAUUCACAUGGCCAAAUUAAAGGGGCAGUAAGCGAUUUUGAAGAAAGCUUGUUUCCAUCUUUAUUGUUGUCGUUCUUGCUCUGGCCGGGCAGUGAACCUGCGACCUAGGGUAUGGGACAGAGUCUCACUGACCACUAGGCCCUGAGUUCCAGCACCAUCCGCUAGCAAGUGUCGACGCUUGAUGUUUACAAAUUGCACUGCACUCGCAGUGUUGUUGGUGCGACCCAAGUCAUUCGUUUGGCUUUCGAUUUACAGAGCCUGGCCAUGGCUGAAAACACGAAAUCGCAGAUUUUUAACAAACAUGUUUUGCUUUAGAAUCGCUUUCUGCCCCUUUAAGAGGAAAAUAACAAAGUACAUAUGUAAGUGACAGUGUUGCACAAUAUUUCAAAAUGACUGUUAUACAGAAUAAUUUUCUUCUCAUUAUUGUUGGUGUGACAUUUAAAAGAUAGCAUAAAUGCUUUUGAUUUGACAGACUUUCUUAAACCUUGUAUUGCAUGGAUCAUUGUGUCUGUCCAAAGGAGCUAUAAGCUGCAUUUUAUUUUGGUGUAAUAGUGAGUGUUUGUUAUAGCUGUAAAACAUCAAGUUCACCAGUUUCACGCGUAGGUUUUAGAUCACAGUAUGAAUAAUAAGCACAGUUCCAUAUGGGAGCAUGAGCUGAGGCUGACCAGGAUUCUGUGAGGCCCCGCAGCAGCGAGGAGAGUGAUGGGUUCGCUGCUCGUUACUGAGGUGUGUAUCUUGCCAUCCUGCGGGAGAUGAUCUCGCUGUGUCCCCUCCGUCAGAGUAACGUAGGAGAGAAUGAGGAUGGAUGGCCUUGUCUGUAAAAGGCUGGUGAAAGAGGAGAUUUCGUACACGAACGAGGCCAAAGCGCAAGAGGAGAAGGUUCAGCGUAUGGAAGCACAGGCGGAAGAUUUUUAUGUACUCAGGAAACAGAAAGAAGUCUUGCAGGAGUCCAAAAUGAUGGUCCCAGACUGCCACCGCCGGCUGGCCAAAGCACACGCAGAUCUGCUUCAGUUACUGGAAACAGAAGAGGAUUUGGCCGAAUCCGAGGAGUACAAAGAGGCGCGGAACGUGUUGGACUCGGUGGAGCUUGAAGGAUGAUUUCUGAUGUGUUCCUUGUUCUCUCUGUGAGACCCCCUCGCUUAAAUGUUCAUUCCAUUCAUCAGGCCUCGUUUGGAACCACGGAGGCCGACUGAAUCCACUCACAGUCUAUUCUUCGUGUAAUUAUUUUCUACUGUUGACUUUUAACAUGCCGCCACGUCUCAUCACACUUUUUUUCCCCCUUAUGUAAAAUCCCACAAGAAAACCAUAAAACUUUGAGUUGAUUGAAAAAGA